CCUGUACGUGUAAAUCCACCACGGCUUCACUCGUCUCAUUUUUCGCUCAGUCAGUGAGACCAGCCAGAACCUCCUACCGAAAACCACGAUCGCGUCGGUGAUAGUGUGUUUAACAUCAAGAUUGAAAUUCCCAAAAAUAUCAACAUACAAACCACAAUCAGCAACGGUUCAAUUGAUGCGAACUUGAUCUCUGCCUUUGAGCUGGGCCAAUUCUCCGCCACUGUGAAACUCCCUCUCGCCUCUUACAUGGUCAGACGCAUAAUCUCUUCGCUCCAUCGACACGCGGACAAGAUGACAUGGUGAUGCUGGAAUCAACUCCCCGAUAAAGGCACUACUGGUUUGCCUAUUUCGACUUGCCACUUGUUUGCUCUACAGACAUGACUCCGAGUAACAGCAAUCCCUCUCCCAGUGUUGGCCAACCGACCCCUCCAGCAGUUCCUUCGACAACCACCGCCACCACAGCCACCAAUGACUCGGAUAGUGACAACACCCCCGAAGAGAGACCGCCUCAUACUUCUGAGAUUGGCACGCUCAAGAAGCUUCCGAAUCAUGGCACGGCCUGGCUAGGUAGCUCCUCCGGUGUGUACUUUGUCAAUACUGUCCGUCGGGCUUUCUCUGCUGCCUUCGGCGCCUCGAACCUCGCCGGUCCAAAUGCUGUUCCCGCCAGCGAAGACAUCCUCACUGGCGAAGAUGCCGAAGGGCGCUCAUAUAAUGGCCCUCUGCAUGAAGGUCCUUGUGAGACCGACUCUUUACCUCAAGUACUAACCUCUGCUCUCGGCAAACCACCUGAAAGGAAGAUUGCUUUUCAACUGGUCACCUCCUUUUUCACCGUGUGGCACCCGCUGUUUCCCUUCCUCCACGGUCCCACCUUUCUGAAAGACAUGGAAGCGAUAUAUCUCAAUCAAAGGCGACAUGCAAAAGCGACCAGGGAGCACCCAUCCCCUACCGACCUGAGGAAACUGAUCACCUUUCAACUCGUCAUCAACAUAGCGUCACUGGAUAGAAGUGACAUUCUUUUGCCAAUGGAAUCCCGCAUAAAGUCAAAUGCUGAUGUGAGUCGAGUGGCUGGUUGCCUUGCUCUAUCUCACGACAUUACGAACAUCCAAGCAAUCCUCGCAGCCGAGCUCUAUUUAGCAGCAACAUUGGCAAUUCGUCAGGCUAGCACUGUAGCAGGCAUCGUGGUCAAGCUCAUAUACCAUGCCGGUCUCCAUCGGUGUCCUCUGAGAUAUGCGCAGCUGUCUGCGGACGAUUGCGAAAUCCGAAAACGAAUCUUCUGGUCUGCAUAUGCGCUGGACCGACAUUGCAAUCUAAGUUUAGGCGACCCCAAUGUGAUCCAGGACGACGAUAUUGAUGUCUGUUUGUCCGGCCCCGAAUUACAUAAAGCUGUGUGGCGACCGAUGAUGCCGCAAGAUGGCGAUGAAACAAUGGCCAUGCCGCCGCCCAGACCACUCUCUGAUGAAUCUCGCAACGCUCAACAAGACAAGGAAGGGCCGGAAGCAAGAGAGAAGCGACUGCGGGAAGCAGCUUUGACCGCAUACGUUCAAUGGGGAAAGUUGACAGGCCAAAUUAUUGAAGUAUUUCAUAAAAGUAUCAAUCACCGUUUCCCAAAGCAUGAACAGAUAUUGCGCCUGACCAGCGAUAUCGAGACUUGGUGGAACGAUUUACCAGCAUUCUUGACUGGUGAAGCCGAUCCAGGCCAGCAUCACGAUGUCCCCGACACCAGCAGCACCCAUAAGUCUUCGUCGGCUGACGCCUCGUUUCUCCCUCCUCAACAACACCUUUCUAGCUUCUUCAAAAUCCUUUAUCAUCGACUCCUCCUUCUCGUCAAUCGUCCAAGGUUAUCUCUUGAUCAGUCAACCCCCGAAUUCCAACAUGGUUUGCAGGUCUGCAUUCGGGCCUCCCGUGGUAUCGUCGCCGGCCUGAAGUCGCAUCGAAGUCACGGACAAUCGAUGUUCUUACCUGGCCUUCUGUCCGCCGUGUGGAUGUCGGGACUGAUCAUCGCCUUCGCUUGCCAACUGGGCAAGUACGCGAAAGCGAGGGCACUGUCCGAUAUUCAAACAUGCCUCAGCAUCCUCGAUAGCAUGAAUACGAGAUGGUACACGGUUCAGAAUUGCCACAAGGUUUUGAACCUGCUCAUGAUCAACAUACAGUCACGAAAGGCCAGCGUCAACGGUUUCCUGACUGUCCCCAAACCCGACCAGUCGCCACAAAACAUGCCGAAUGAUUUUGAGCAAGCCCAGCCUCCGCGGAAACGCCAGCGCACCGGUGACGACCUACCUAGCCCUCGGAAAUCAUCCAUGACAGAAUCCGCCACACCUUCGCCUCACCAACAGCAAUCCUCCUCUGGGCCCACGACGGGUCUGUCACGAUUGAAGAACCAGGCAUCUUCGACCCAAGGCAGCACACCCGGCAACUGGCCCCCGUCACUCGGUUACGAUUCCACGAAUCCCUCCGCGCUCACCAACCCCGCCGGCUCGAUGCCGAACUUUGACUUUUCCAAUUGGGACCGUGGCCAGCCCACGACGCAACCACAGAUCAACCCCGGUCUAGGCAGCGCGAUUUAUGCCACCCCUCAGGAUCUGGCGUUCGCCCAGUCGACGAUGAACAUGAAUCUACCGUCGAGCGGGAACGGCGCGGGUGGCAUGGGCGGCGACGGCGGCAACAACAACAAUGGUGGCUUGCAAGAAUAUUCCGACCCCAUGUUCUGGGGGAACAUGGAUUUCAACGUCGCCGACAUUUUCGGCUCGGCCACGUGGGAGAACAUGACGGGUCCGUUCGCCCCUGGCGGUGGUGGCUUGAAUGGAGGUUGGGAGAUGUGAAAAAGGAAUGAAUUAUUUGGUAGGGGUCUGGUCUACCCUAUCGAGACAGGGCGGGAAUUUUUGCAGCGAACAUACUCGACUAGGUAGGACUUGGAAACGUCGACAGCGGAAGGGUCAUGGUUUUGUUGUGCUGACCGUAUGUAUCAUGUACGUCUGUCUGGUUCUUUCUGUCUGAGAGGACAAUUGGAAAUGCUGUGAGAAGCUGUACUCGUUGUGUUUACGCUCUGCCUCGGACAUUUCCCCAAACUUUGAUACUCUGUCACGUAAUAUAUGAUUGAAGUAAUCUAGGUAACCUUGUCACUGGAAGUUCU